AGAAAAAGACACUUCCUACUUUUCUUCGGCUUUCCUCAUAGAAACUGUUGGGGUCUCAAAUGUCUCCCUUUCUUAUUCUCUGCGUGUGAGUGACGAGUGAAUGAGUGAGUGAGCGUUUCAAGAGGAAGAAUCAAACAAGGAAGACAUGGGGACACCAGGAAGAGAAAUGAGGAUCCCUCUUCUUGAAGAACAAGAAGAAGUGGUCCCUGACAGAAUCACAUCCGUCCUAGUCCUCAGUGCAUUUUUCGCCGUCUGUGGCUCCUAUGUCUUCGGAAAUGCUGUUUCUUACUCAUCUCCUGCUGAAUCAGGAAUUAUGGAUGAACUGGGCCUUUCUUUGGCAGAGUAUUCGGUUUUUGGUUCGCUAUUGACGGUUGGAGGACUUCUAGGUGCACUAUGCAGUGGUAAAAUAGCUGACCUAAUCGGCCGGAGAGGAGCUAUGUGGGUUAUCGAUGUAGCAGGCAUCAUCGGAUGGUGUGCCAUUUUUCUUUCAGAGAGCGCUUGGUCUCUUGACCUUGGAAGAUUGUUACUGGGAUUUGGAGUUGGUCUUGCCUCAUACGUGGUACCGGUGUACAUUGCAGAGGUAACACCGAAGAAUUUAAGGGGAGGAUUUGUUUCGCUCUGUAUGUUGGUGAUAGCCUGUGGCAUGUCAAUGACGUACAUCAUCGGUACAGUACUAAACUGGCGUAUCUUGGCUUGUUUAGGAAGUAUUCCAUGUCUAUUGCAGCUGGUGGGUCUUUUCCUUGUUCCAGAAUCUCCUAGAUGGCUGGCAAAGAUUGGUCGAGAAAGAGACAUGGAAGCUGCGUUGCAGCGUCUCAGGGGAAAGAAUGCAGAUAUCUCCAAAGAAACAUCUGAAAUCGAAAUUUACAUUGAAACUCUUCAAGAAGUAUCAGAAUAUAGGAUAUUCUACAUAUUUCAGCGAAAAUAUGCACAAGCGCUCACUGUUGGACUUGGCCUAAUGGUUUUUCAACAGUUGGGAGGAUUAAAUGCAUAUGCAUUUUAUAUGAGUUCAAUUCUCGAAAGAGCCGGUGCUUCAAGUACUGCUGGGUCCAUCACCACGGCCAUUGUCCAGUUGGCAGCAAAUAUUGCAGCUGUGUUCCUGAUGGAUAAAUUUGGAAGACGACCGUUACUGCUGGUUUCAGCAUCUGGAGCUUGCUUGGCUGGCUUCCUUAUUGGGUUAUCAUUCCUACUGCAGGACUAUCAUCAAUCAACCGAUGUUGUAUCCGCCUUGACCUUCAUCGGGAUUGUGGUUUUUACCGGGUUUUUCUCGAUUGGCUUAGGAGGGAUACCGUGGAUCAUAAUGGCCGAAGUCAGUGAGAAAUCUGAUUUUCCCAAUAAACGUGAAGGGAUCGGCAGGGAGCCUAGUGAAUUUGGUCAGCUGGAUCGGCUCCUGGCUUGUGGCCUACACAUUCAGCUAUUUCUUUGAAUGGAGCUCAGCAGGCGUGUUUUUCGUGUUCUCGGGCAUCUGCUGCUCCGCAAUACUUUUCAUAGCGAAAAUGGUGCCGGAAACCAAGGGGCGCACGCUCGAGGAAAUAGAGGCGUCGAUGACCUCAUAGCUCUCCUGGAAACAAGGUCCUCAAUGAAGCAUAUUUGUCUACUCGAUCUCUAUGAUCGCGAAAGCAGAGUUAGAGCUUGCACUCAUGUUGAGCUGAGUGUGGACUUAAUAGCGCAAAAUGCUUACUCUGGUCUAGGAAUUGAAUGCGAGUUGAUGCCACUUCUUUGAACUUCUCGAAUUUGCGAUGACCUGCGUAGAAGAUAGAAAGCAACUCAUGCCAUUUCAUAUGCAUUAGUGACGUGUAAUGUUGGAAGUGUUUUAAUGAUGAUCAUGUAUAAAAGAGAGACA